AUGGAAAUUACCCUACCUUUGCUAUACAACGAAGAAUUUAAGUUAUAUAAGGUGCUCGCAGUCCCAACCUUCAACAAUGGAAAUUUCACUUGCAUCGUUCCAUCAUCAGACUAUUUGCUGGUUAAUUUACAACGAAACCACUACUAUCCAAUUAACAAAGACGAAUUUUCGCGUUGCAAGGAAAGGCCAUUUGAAACUUACUGGUGUACUCUCCAACACCCGCUAUACACAAGUGGAUAUUCAGACAGUUCAUGUGAAAUGAAAAUAAUUCAAAACGACCGACAACAAAUAGAUUCAUGUCUGGUAAAAGAUAUCCCACUAAAGACGUACUGGAUUGAGAUGCAUCAACAGAACACUUGGAUUUAUAGUGUCCCAAAUUCUACAUCAGCUAACAUCAAUUGCGACUUCGAUUCAGUACCUACUAUCUUAAGAGGUUGUGGGAUAAUGCAGCUGCCAUCAAAUUGUUUGAUACAUGGCCAGACUACAACAAUUAUUGGAAGACAAAUGAUGACAAGCAGACUGAAAUCCUCAGUGUUGCCAUCAUUCAACCUCUCUGAGCAGUUAAGUUCGCUUAUUUUUAAAACGGAGCAACAACAACCGAUCUUACAGCAGUCAAAUAUUUCUUUGGAAAUAUCAAGCAGGCAAUAG